AGUCCCGCGGACCCUCCGUGCGCUCGGCCAUGGGCCCGCCGAGCCAGCUCUGGAAGCCGCCCGCCCAGCGCCGCCUCCCCCGCUGCCUCCCGUCGGGGGCCGCCCGCAGCUCCACGGCCCCGGCCCCGGCCCCGGCGCGGCCGCUGCCCUACGAAGCCAUCCCGCGCAGCGGCCGCAACGCCUGGCUCAACCUGCUCCGCUUCUGGCGGGGUAACAGCUUCCAGCGCUUCCACCUGGUCAUGCAGCGCAACUUCCAGCGCUACGGGCCCAUCUACAGGGAGACCGUGGGCACCUACAACUGCGUCAACGUGCUGCUGCCCCGAGACGCGGCCCAGCUCUUCCAGUCGGAGGGUAUCUUCCCGCGGCGCAUGGGCAUCGAGUCCUGGAUCGCCCACCGCCGGCUCCGCAACCACAAGUGCGGCAUCUUCCUGCUGAAUGGGGAGGAGUGGCGCUCGGACCGCCUGAUCCUGAACAAGGAGGUGAUCAGCCCUGCGGGCACCCGGAAAUUCCUGCCCUUCCUCAACACUGUGGCCCAGGACUUUGUCACCCUCAUGCACCGGCGCAUCAGCAAGAACACGCGCCGCUCGCUCACCAUCGACCUCUACAGCGACCUGUUCCGCUUCACCCUGGAGGCAAGCAGCUACGCCCUGUACGGGGAGCGGCUGGGGCUCCUGGAGGAAAGCCCCAACACGGAGUCGCAGAGGUUCAUCAGCGCCGUGGAGACCAUGCUGCGGACCACCCUGCCGCUGCUCUUCGUCCCGCCGGGCCUCAUGCGCUGGGUUAACACCAAGCUGUGGAGGGACCAUAUCGAGGCCUGGGACACCAUCUUCAAGCAUGCUGAUAAGUGUAUCCAGAACAUCUACCAGGAGUUCUGCCUGGGGCAGCCCCGGAAGUACUCGGGGAUCAUGGCGGAGCUGCUCAUGCAGGCGGAGCUGCCGCUGGACUCCAUCAAGGCCAACAUCACUGAGUUCACAGCAGGUGGCGUGGACACGACCGCCAUGCCACUGCUCUUCACCCUCUUCGAGCUGGCCCGCAACCCCAGCGUCCAGACGGCCAUUCGCCGGGAGAUCGCCGAGGCCGAGUCGCAGGGCCCAAGGGAGCUCUCCAAGGUGCUGAACUCCAUGCCCCUGCUCAAAAGCACCCUCAAGGAGACACUGAGGCUCUACCCUGUGGGCAUAACGGUGCAGCGCUACCCAACCAAAGACGUGGUGCUCCAGAACUAUUGCGUGCCAGCUGGGACCCUGUGCCAGGUGGGGCUAUAUGCCAUGGGCCGGAGCCCCGAGGUGUUCAGCAACCCAGAGCGCUACGACCCCCUGCGCUGGCUGAGCAAGGAGGAUAACAGCUUCAAGGCCCUGGCCUUUGGCUUCGGGGCCCGGCAAUGCAUCGGCCGCCGCUUGGCAGAGACCGAAAUGAUGCUGUUCCUCAUGCACGUCCUGCGGAACUUCCGGAUCGACACCGUGUCCAAGGCAGAUAUUAAAACCGUCUUCGGCUUCAUCCUCAUGCCGGAGAAGCCGCCUCUGCUCACGUUUCGGCCCAUCGACUGAGCCCCUCACCCUGGCUCCCCGCCUGCUCCUUCCCCACCCUGGGCGUGGGGGAGGGAAGGAGGAAUCCAGCAGUGGGGGGAAGUAGGACCCCUCUCCCAGGCAGGGCACCUAGCUGGCAGCCCCCCACCUCCCAAACGUGCCGGGGCAGCCUGGUACAGAGAACAGCCACCCCACCUUGUAACAGAGAAGUAGGUGCAGACCAGAGAGCCUGUGGGCCUGCCCCUGGAUCCCGGCCACACGCUGGGAUUUGUAGUCUCUAUGGGCUACAUAGUGUGGGAGGAGGGUGGCCAGGGGCCACAGUUCAGCCACCUCUGUCCUAAGGGCAUCUAGUCCCCCUUUGCCCAUCUGCUGACAGGGGAAAGGGGUCUCCUACCCUGGGAGAGACACAGCGCUGGCAGGAGACCCCACCAGCAGCGUGGAACCAUAAAGCCAUGGGACGGGGCAGGAGAAGGAGGCAGGCUCUGUUGGGAGAGGAGGGGGCAGAGGUGCCAGCUCCCAAAUUUCUCUUAUUCAAAUAAGUGGCCAUCUCCCGCUUCACGUCAAUGGGUCUGAAGCCAGCGAGAUGUGGGAGGGAGGCUGCCCUUAAUAAAGAUGGCUGCCAUCUCCCAUGCGUCUGUAUGAGGUGAAGCUGUGCCACUGGCAACGUGGCUGGACGGGACACAGAGACUGUGAGGAGCAGCAGAGACCCUGGGAAAGGGGGAUGGGGCAAGUGAGGGGAGGAAGAUGCAGAUUUACAGGGUGCAGGGGAUGUUGGGUACAAGUGGGAGGCUGGGGGCUGCAGGGGGUGGGGCAGGGGGAGGUGCAGGGGAGGUGGGGUGGGGUGGGAGGACAGGGAUGGGGUGGGAGAUGGAGGGGAUCAGAUAGCAGCUCCCCCAGCCUGCAUGUGGGGGGGAAGGGGUGUCCCCUCCGAGCAGCCAGGGGAAGACCGUGUUACAGCAUCAGCGGCUCUCAGUAACUGAUCUUGAGUCCCGGGAUUUUGCUGCCUGCAGGAGGCGCUGUCAUGAUGCCACGAAAAGCUCAUUCGCACCCAGGACUUUCAGGGCUAGGCAAGCGGGCAGAGCUCCGGGCGAGAACGGCGGGGCUGAGGACUCAGACCUGACCUGCCAUGAGCCCUGCUGUGGUGUGACCCUCUAGCGGAGAGAGGGGCCUGGCAGGGGUGGGUGUGGGGUUGCUGAGACCCACCCACAGAGGAGCCCCAGGGCAGCAGGAGGCAGAGAAGUGAAGACAGUGCUAGGAAGUGGCUGGCUGCCCCCAGCUCAGGGGUGAGGAAGUCUCCAGCUGGGAGAGACGGCUGGAGCAGUGUGUGCAGUGACGUUUGAUAGUUCAACCCAGAAUUCUCACCCGCUGCCCAGCAGAGGAGUGGAGGGGUGUUAAAAAGGCAAAAGACAGGACCCAAAACAUCACGGGGUUAUUUUUUAUAAGACAUGAUUUUUUGGGGCUCAUCUCCAUGGCGUUGGUGGGUUGGACUCGUGGUUUUUGAUCGCGGGGGGCUGGCGGUCCCCACGCAGGAGCACAGCAGCUGCCUCGGAGCAGGGCCCAGCCUCCGCUUCCGCAUCUCAGUGCGAACACUCUGGGCUGCAGAGCAGGGGGCCCCUCACCCCGUCCGCCCCGGCACCACAGCUCCUGGGGGGGGGCAUGGACAGGGGGAAGGGGACCAAGGCUGGGGCUGCAGCUGGGGCCAGGAAUGGAGCCAUGGCCAGGAGCCACGGCUGGGAGCCAUGGCUGGGAGCGCGGCUGGGGUUGGCGCUGGAGCGGGGCUGGGUGGUGCUCCCUCCCCACCCCCCAUGGGGGCUGGCCAGGCCCCGCUGCACCCCCCACCCCCGAACGUUUCUCUGCACCCCCCCGGGGGCUUGCCCACAGGUUAGGGACCUCUGCUGUAGAGCAGGUGGUAGCCUGAGCCCUGGUGGCCAAUGGUGCCAGCCCUCGCCCUGCUCGGCUGCAGCGUCUCUCCUGGGCCCCUCCUGCCUGCCCCAGGCCGUUGUCUGCUAUCAUGAGGCUGUAAUAUAAAUAAGUAUCUUCUCCCUUUGUUAAACUGUUCAUCCAUUUUGACGAAGGCCGAGGUGUGUGAAUUUGGCAACCGUGGCUUAAAGGAUGGAUAGAAAUAAUUAUUCUGGGUUUGGGUUUCUUUUCUAACUGCAAAGAGCUACGGUGCUGACUUUUCACCGAGCCGCACAUAGGUGACCUCCAGUGACGUGAGGCCCCAGAGAACUGGUUUUUAAGAACUGGUGUUUGUUAGAAUGUGAUUCGGCCGUGCCAUGCCAGUAAACCGAAACGGAGUGGGAGACGGAGUCAUUAGACUAAAACAGGAUUGCUUGCAAUACACUUCCUUCCUGGGUGGGGGUUAACACAAGUUCUAACUAGAAAAUAUUCUUCGUUCUUCCACCUCGCAUUAAUCGUAAUGCACCAAUGGCUGGCCGGCUGGAGGAGUUGACAGUAAAAAGAAAAAGUACAAACACCUAAGGCCUGGUAAAGGCAGAUUUCACGUUGCUUCACUGAACGAUCUUUUCUAACGUAAUUGACCACGAAGGGCACUCUGGUAAGAUGUCGGUGGCUGGCGUAGAGUAAUGCUGGAGCUGCACCUCUCUCGGAAUUCAGCAUAGACGCUGCCUAGGCCGAUGGAGGGAUUCUCCCAUCGGCGGAGUUAAUCCACCUCCCUGAGCGGUGGUAGCUAGGUUGAUGGAAGAAUUUUUCCAUCCACCUAGCACUGUCUACACCAGGGGCUGGGUCAGUAUAGCUACAUCUCUCUGGAGUGUGGAUCCCCCCCCUCCUCCCCGACAGGCACAGCUAUACUGCUGUAAGUGCCUAGUGUAGACCAGGCCUUACUCUGCCAAAUGUAUUUCCCCUUAUCUGAAUACUCUACACCAGGGGUUAGAUUUCAUUGUACCUCUUGCAUGUGUUGAUAGGUGAUUUGCUGUAUAAACUAUACUGCCCUGGAAUUCAGGAGGUUGCUGUUUCUUAGCUAUUUUGCUUAAGGCUGAAUAAUAAACUUUGAAAGC